AAAAUUGAUCAAUUGACGGUCUAAGGAAGAAAAUGGGCGCAGAAACGAGUUUAUUUGAAGACUGCGAGUUAGACGAACCAGCAGAUACUUUAAAAUGCACCUGGUCUUUACGACACGGGAAAUACAAUGCCAAUGGGGAACUAGACGUCACCGUCCUGUCGGAGGCAAAAAACAACAAGAAGAAAUGGAGUUUGCUACAGAAGAAUAUUAAGUUUAUGAAGAGUCUCAGACAUCCCUAUAUUUUAAAGUAUUUGAGUGUAGCUGAACUGACUACUGAACUUCACUUAGUCAUUGAAAGAUCCACACCACUAACAUUUCUCCUAGACACUUUAGAACCUUUAGAAAUCACUGCUGGAAUUCAUGGUGUAAUGGAAGGAUUGUCUUUUCUCCAUGAACAGGCAAAAAUUUCCCACAAUAAUAUUUGCCAGGAAGCUAUUUAUGUGACAUCUAUAGGGACUUGGAAAAUAGGUGAAUUACAACAUUGCUGCAAGUUCCUGGAAAUAACCCCUGAAUUCCUGAAAAAUUCAAGACCAUAUCGAAAUGCAGACUGUAUUUCACCAGAGGAGAAGGCUAAUAAGCUAACAGUCACUAUUGAAAUGGGCCACACUAUGGAUGUGUUUUCUUUUGGAGUGAUGUGUGAAAACCUUUUAGAAUAUCUUGCAGAAUUAGGUGAGAUGACAAAGACUUUUGAAAUGCUUAUACAGGAUAAUUGCUUGAAUUCAGACCCAAAACAGAGACCUAAAAUCAGCAGCUUAAUGAAUGACCAGUUAUUUAGGAAUGAUUUGUUACUCAUUAGAAAGUUUCUCUCUGAAGUAACACUGAAGUCACAGAAAGAAAAGGAAGAGUUUUUCAGCUGUUUGUAUCCCCGAUUGACCACUCUACCAGAGGAAGUAGUUGGCAAACAACUUGUCCAUUUAUUGUUGAGCAGAUUUGUUUUGCUGGAUACAUCAGCUGCCAGUACAAUAGUUCCUAAUAUACUUGUUCCGAAAAGAGGUACGCAUGAGAAAUUUGAAAUUAAAUCUCAGAGGCUAUCUCCCUUGUUAUCUGUGCCAACCUAUCAGAGAUAUGUGAUACCAGAGCUGAUUAAAAUGUUUCACUGCCAUGAUUACUACAUCAGAAUGAUAUUGUUGAACUACUUUUCCCAGUAUGUGGACCUGUUUGAAAAGAAAAAUUUAGAGGAAAUCAUUUUCCCUCAGAUACUUCUGGGGGUCAGAGACUGUCAUGAGGACUUGGCAGCCCAAAGCUUACACUGCCUGGCAGAAAUGGUGAAGAUUUUAGGUAGAGACACAGUAAUUGGUGGAAAAAGUAAAGAAUACUUUACAAAGGGAACUCCAAAGCAUCUUCCAACAAAUGCUUUGGAAAAAGAAAAUAGCAGAAACCUUGACAAAGUUUUACUUAAAGAUCUUGCAGCAUACAGUUCUGUAGACACCAGAACUUCAAACAUAAGCAAAGCAGCAGACAUAAAGAGACAGGGAAGACAAGACAAGGAGCAAAGAUUAGUCAGAGAACAAAAAAGACAGGAACAGCAACAAAAGAGCAAGGAGAGAAAUUCAAAGGAAAAUGAGGUGUCUGACAAAAAUAAAGAGGGUUUUGUGGCAAACACAGUUGAUAGAGAAAUCAUGUCCAUGAGUAAACAGGAACGAAUAUCCAAGACAUAUGGGAGUCAGGGUCUUAAGGAUGUAUUCACAGAAAUCCAAAGCAUGAACACAAGUCAUUUACCACCUGUAAACAUAUCUGAAAGGAAGAUGUUGAAAGAAGAAAAUGAGGAAGCACAAAACGUAUCAUCAUUUGAUGUUAAAGUCUCAAAAAGUUGGAAUGAUGACCGUCUCGAUCCUGAUGUUUAUGUGACCGGUAAUGACAGUGAAGAUGAUUGGUCGGACUGGGAUAAUAAUUUUGUGGACACCUCCCAAUCUCAACUAGCACCAGUUAUAUCAAUUGAGUCAGAAAAGAAGUUAGACAAGGAAUAUUGGAACUUUUCUAAGGAAUCUUCUAAUCCGAAUAAUGAUUUUCAUAAUGAAACAAGUCACAGAAACCAGCAAUCACAGCCUGUUGGAAGAGAAGGAUCUAAUAAGAAUCAUACCAGUAUACCAAAGCUGGCAAAAAAUGCUUUAAAGUUACAAUCUUCAAAAAAAAAGCCGCCAAAGAAAGAAAACACUCCACUUGGUGCUGAAUUUGAAAUUAAACAGCUGGGUCCCACUGCACAAGUUUUUCUAGAAACAGACUAUUUUGCAGACAUGGGACUGACUCCAAUGAUUAAGCGGGGAGUGUCUUCAGAGGAAAUAAUGAAGAAACAUCAGAAUGAAGGUCCAACAUCAUCAGCUGUUCAAAGCCCUACAAACCCUCUAUCAUACAACAUGGAUGAAAACAGUCAGCUGGAUGUGGAGGGCUGGGGAGAUGACUUGAAUUGGACAGAGGAAGACUAGAUAACGUAUUGUAGUAGAGCAAAUGGAAUCACUGAACCACUGUGGUCGUCCAUCAACCUUAUCUUGAGAACUGAAAAUGUUUACUGAUUCAUAUUUUGUUACUUGGCACUGAGACUUUUGUAAAAUUAUGGUAACCAACCAAGUGACUUUUGUCUUACUUUCUAAAAUAAUUCUCACUGCUGAUAUACUGCGUAAUUGGACAUUUGAGAGCCAGGAUUUUUAGGUCACCUGAGUAAACUCAGGUGAUCUAUUGCUAUUUGUUUUCGUCCGUCGUCGUGCGUUAACAUUUGAACAUUUUUAGCUUCUUCUCUGAAACCACUGAACAAAUUUCAACCAAAUUUGGCAUAUAGCAUCUAUGGGUGAAGGGGAACAAAAAUUGUGAAUUUCAUGGUCCCUGCUCCCCUGGGGCCUGGGGGGUGGGGCAAAAGCCACUAAAAUUAUUGCAAUCUUUAAAAAUCUUCUUCUUUACUCCUGGACAUCAAGCAGUUAAACUGUUGGUAUAAUUGUAAUCAGCAUUGAGUCCUCUACCAAAAUUGUGUAAUUCAUGGCCCCAGGGUCAGGGGGUUCUAGUGCUAGGGCGGGGCUAAACAGGUUAUAUAGUGAAAAUGCAUUAUUUCUUUAAAAUUCUUCUUUUCUGUUUGUGGGCAUUAAAAAAACUAACCAAAUGCAUAGGUAAGUUGAAAAUGACUGCCUUUUCCAAAAUUGUGAAUUUCAUGGCCCCAGGGUCAGGGGUUCUAGUGCUAGGGCAGGGCUAUAUAGAUUAUAUAGUGAAAAUGCAUAAAUUCUUUGAAAUUCUUCUUUUCUGUUUGUGGGCAUUUAAAAUAAACUAACCAAGUGCAUAGUUAUGUUGAAUAAGACUGCCUCUUCUCAAUUUGUGAAUUUAAUGGCCCCAGGGUCAGGGGUUCUGGUGACAGGGUGGGACUAUAUAGAUUAUAUA